AUGGCAGCAACAUCGGAACUUCCAAGCUUGGAUAAACUCAUAUCAAAGACCUUAUCCGGAGAAGAACUGCAAGAGUACAAUAGAAUUCACUAUGGGAGAACAGAUCAUCAGGAACUAUGUAUAAGUGAACUCAGUCAAGAAGCAGCAAAAGAGUACUGCUUUGAAAUAGCGGCGUACAACUUUUCUGCUAAAAAAGAAGAACACAGGCUUCCGCGAGUAGUAAGAGUUGGAGUUAUUCAACAUUCUAUCGGUACAUCCACUGACCAACCAAUAGUAGAACAGCGCCAGGCUAUUUUUGAGAAGGUUCGGAAAAUUCUCGAGUGCGCUGGAGAAGAACGUGUCGGUAUUAUCUGUUUACAAGAAGCAUGGAGCAUGCCCUUUGCCUUUUGUACAAGGGAGAAACAACCAUGGUGUGAAUUCGCAGAGGCUGUAGAUGGACGCAGCACUCAGUUUUUAAAAGAAUUUGCCAUCAAAUAUGAUAUGGUUAUUGUAUCAUCCAUUUUAGAAAGAGAUGAAGUUCAUGGAGACACUCUUUGGAACACAGCUGUAGUUAUCAAUGAGGAGGGCAAGGUAAUUGGAAAACACCGCAAGAACCACAUCCCCCGUGUUGGAGAUUUCAAUGAAUCAACUUAUUACAUGGAAGGGAAUACUGGGCAUCCUGUAUUUGAUACUAAGUAUGGCAAGAUAGCUAUCAAUAUUUGCUAUGGGCGUCAUCACCCAUUAAACUGGCUAAUGUUUGGGGUAAAUGGAGCUGAGAUUGUGUUUAAUCCUUCAGCUACAGUGUCAGGAUUAAGUGAACAUCUUUGGGGUAUUGAAGCCAGGAAUGCUGCUAUAGCUAACAGCUAUUUCACUUGUGCUAUAAACAGAGUGGGCACUGAAUCCUUCCCUAAUGAAUUUACUUCUGGAGAUGGGAAACCAGCCCAUAAAGAAUUUGGCCACUUUUAUGGCUCAAGCUAUAUCACUGCUCCAGAUGGUGCUAGAACUCCUUCCUUAUCCAGAGUAAAAGAUGGCUUGCUAAUAGCACAGAUUGAUUUGAACUUAUGUCGUCAAAUAAAGGAUAAAUGGGGUUUCAGAAUGACCCAGCGCCUUGAUUUAUAUGCAGAUAGUCUCAGCAAGGCCAUCAAGCAUGAGUUUACACCUCAAGUUAUUCGCAACAAUUAACCUACUCUGUGCAAUAACCUUGUUUUAUUUAUACUUUUUAAGUAACUUUAAAUGUGAAUAAAUUAUUCUUUAUACUUCUGUUAUCAAAAUGUUUUUAAAUAUUUUUUUAUUGUUGUUGUAAACUAUUGUUGUUACUCUUUUGUGUAAUCUAACACAAAACAAGUCUCAAAUUGUUAUUUUUGCUUUUUAACAUAAGAUAAAAGUUGCAUAUCAUAAUUAAUUUUUAUUUUUAUACGUAACUGUGUAUUUUUUAAUUAUACAAGUUUAUGAUAAAAAUGUGUUUUAUUUAGAAUAAGAAAUAAAACAACAAUUUAUAAAACCAUUGUGUAUCAAUGAGAAUAAUACAGAAGUGAGCUAUACAUAAAUAUAGGGGUUAGAAUGGGGUACAUUCAGGCAAUACCACUUUGCAACCAAUAAAAACAAUUGCUAAUGUUUGAGCACAUCACUAAUAUUUUUACAAUAAACAAUACAUUCAAAUUCACAAAAUUGGGAGAAACAGAAGUCCAGUUAACAUUUAAAUAGUUCGCCAUACCUUCAGGUAUAAUUAUCAAAGGUUUCAAGGUAUUAUGUACCUCUAUUAUUUAUGUCUACCUACUUUUGAUUGCACAACAAUAUUGUUAUUGUUGUCAGCACCAGAUUACAGCUGACAUGUUCAAGAGAAUAUUAUAACACAAAUUAGGACUAUUACUGUAUGUACCCCAGAUCCAUGACUGUAUAAUUAGUUUAUCACUAAGCACUAAUACUCUAUGCAGUCUUUGCACGGAUGGCAGCACGCUUUCCGGUCACAGCCUGGAAACCAGACUUGAUGCUGGCCACAGAGCAACGGGAACCACAUGUUUCACACUGAAGGAAGAAUAAUCGAGUAUCUUUCUGCAGGAUGGUGUCAGGGGAACGGCAUGUGUGACAAGUAACAUAUUCCUUGAUAUACCGACGAAGGACAUUCUCUAUCUGUUUCUGCUGGAAACGACCUUUAAUAAUAAGCUGACUGUUACCAUCCACAGACCCACUUGUACCCAACUCAGCCAAUAAAAAGUCUAGUAAAUGUUUAGGCUGCCGAUGCAGAGUUUUACAGAUCUCUGUGAAAUUGGCAAAGGAUGUUUUCUUAGUACCAAUUCUGACGACUUGGGGAGGUCUCAUGAUGAAUUUCUGUUUCUUGCCAGAGACCAUGCUAGGAUUCUUUUCACGCAUGAUGUCGAACACUCGCUCCAGGAGCUCGUCGUACGUGUAAUCUCGGUCUGUGCCACUCCACAAGUCACCACUGACAUCCUCCACAUUUUCUUGGUCUUCUCCCUUACUAUCAUCUUCAAGGACGAGUUCCUCAAUGUUUUUCUUCUUCUUCUUCUUUUUAGUUUUUGAGAAGUCAAUGUCUAGAUCCAAGUCAUCAAUAACUUCGUCCUCCUGUUGUUCCGGCUCUUCAGCCGGGGGUGUUUCCGGUAACGUGUUUUCGAGUUCCUCCAUAUUGAAGACUCCCUUCUUCUUCUUCUUCUUUUUCUUUCCAAAAUUAUCCAAAUCGAGGUUAUCAUCCUCGGGCAAGUCGACGUCACCCGUCCCAGCGGGCGCCUCCACGCUCGUGCUCUCACCUUGCUCGCCUGCGAGAGCGGCGUCUAAAUCGAAACCGGUCUUCUUUUUCUUCUUCUUCUUUAAAGAUGGAUCAAAUACCAUAUCGUCAUCCAUGAUUGAGUAUCGAAUUAAUCACUAAAUAACGUUAAAUAUAGUGUGUGAAUGGUUAUAUUUCAAGAUAAUUUGG